AUGGAAGACUCAUUUUUAGUUAUUAUCAACAAAUAUGUGAUUUCUGGGGAAUUCUAACUUCAGUCAGUCUUCUCUGUUGAGACGCAAUUCCGCACUUUUUAAUAAAAACACCACUUUCACAAACAAGUAUCAGAAAUUGUAGCCACUUUCUGUAAUAGAUGUUAUGAAAAAAAUGAUAAGUAAACUAAUUAAAAAGUGACGCUAACAACAAACGAAUCAGAGUGUAAUGGUAAUAUGUUGCCCUCUGCUGGAAAUAUUUAAAACUGCAAGGUACAGUUCGACUGUAAUAGAAAGCUAGGAUUUGAUUGGCUAAUACUUCCCCGGUUGGAGGUAUGUUGCCUUCAUAGGCUAUAGGACAUUUUAUUUUAAUUACAUCACGCUUCUCCAAAAGGUAAAUAAAUUGGAAUACAGAUGGUAAUACUUUCUAGAUGAAUAUGCGAAAUGCCUCUUGUUUAUCAUAGUCCUAGCAAUGAAUUACAAAAUGUAUUUUAGUACACUAUUUUUUUUAUUAAAACACUGUUAUUAAAUAUUAAAUGCAGGUUUUUCCCAUGUACGUGACCUGAUACGUUGUCAAUGAAUGCAUGGAUAUUAUAUAUUUAUUAUCAAUACAGUGAUAAAUGACACUACAUGGACCAAAAUAUCAACAAAUAAGUAAGAAAUUCUAGCAACCUUCUAAGAGCUGUUAGAGAGUACGUGGAGGCAGCAUCAAUAUUGAUACCUCCACCAUCCACACGACACAACGGCUCACAGACAGCCAGAGCAUCGCGUGUGUGUGUACACCUGUGAGUGUGAGUGUGUGAGAGAGUGACCAGCAUCAUCAUGACUAUCAGAAACACAGUCCGGGAUCAUGGACAGAGGUAUCGACCACGAAUGGCUUGUCUCAAAAAGGCUGAGAGGAUGCUGCUGGAGAUGCAGGAUCCCAAAACUGGAGUCAGGUCACAGCCUCAAAGACUGGUUAUCACAACAAUACCACAUGCUAUUACUGGUGAAGACAUAGUUUCGUGGAUAGCGGAGACAUUCCAAAUAGAUGCCAGCGAGGCGAAGAACAUCGGCACCAUGCUGGUAGCGCUGGGAUACAUCUACCCUGUACAAGACCACAAACGCUUAGUGAUUAAGUCUGACGCAUCCCUCUAUCGUUUCCAGACACCAUAUUUCUGGCCUACACAGCAGUGGCCUGUUGAGGAUACAGAUUAUGCAAUUUACUUGGCCAAGAGAAACAUAAGAAAGAAAGGAAUCCUGGAGCUGCAUGAGCAGGAACAGUAUAACCGACUGCACAAGUGGAUGAAUCAUAAAUGGGAUUUCAUAGUGAUGCAGGCCAAAGAACAGUAUAGGGCUGCAAAGGAGAGGAAGAAACCAGACCGCGUGGUUUUCGACUGCCAGGAGAGGGCGUACUGGGUUGUUCACAGGCCACCGCCAGGGACAGUAAGUGCCAUGGACUGUGGACUGGACAGACGAAUAGAUCCCAAUGCAGAAGAGCCACGAACACCUGACUUCUACGAGAGAAUUAUGAUCUUCACCCAACAGUCCAUCAUGAGGCCCAGAGUGAAGUCAUCAGUGUCCAUUGCGGCAUUAGUGAAAUACUGUGCCACCUACAACAGCCACGACCCGUUCUUGUCCAAGUGUCUUCCCAGCAAUCCCUGGCUCACCGAUGAUGUCACAUACUGGAACCUCACCAAGCCCAAUGUGGAGAUUCCAACUAAAAUGCGUGUGGAACGAUGGACGUUUAGUUUCGGGGAGUUGCUGUCAGACCCUCGAGGACGAGAUGAUUUCAGACUCUUCCUGAAGAAGGAAUUCAGCGGUGAGAACCUGGCAUUCUGGGAAGUUUGUGAGGAUUUGAAGUGGGGUACAGCAGCUACGAUGAGCGAGAAAGCAGAGCAGAUUUACAAGACCUUCCUGGCACGUGGUGCACCACGGUGGAUCAACAUUGAUGGAAAGACAAUGGAGAUCACAGUGAGUGGUCUGAGACACCCACACAGAUACGUCUUGGACGCGGCCCAGACUCACAUCUACAUGCUCAUGAAAAAGGACUCUUAUGGACGGUACUUGAAAUCUCCAGUUUUUAAAGACACGUUAAAGAAGGCCAUCUUUCCUGAGGAGCACAAGUUUACCGAUGCCCAGCUGGAGCACAACUCCAAGAACAGACGGCCCAGUCUCAGCCCAGUCGUCCUCCGACAGCAGGAGCAGGAGCAGAGGGCCAAGAUGGCGGCCAACGCCCCCGUUGACAUCACACAGCUGUGCCGCUUCACCACUCCUGUUCCCCACCUUGCUGUGUACUCUGGCAUCACUGACCCCCCCUCUGCCAACACCUCGCCCACUCUCCCAUUCCUGACCCACAGUCCAGCCUGUCCGUCUCCCAUCAGCGUGGCCUUAGACAGUACCUCGGCCUCAGAGCGGCGAGUGGAGCCCUCUGAGGGUGGAGAGGGGAACCUGCAGGCUCCAGCCUCAGUGUGUGCAAACGUGACUAAGUCUCGGAUGCCUCUGUCGUUGCGUCGUCUGCUAAAGAGGGGCUGCAGCCCUGCCAAUAUGUUUGCCAGCUUGUCUCCCAAAUACCACUCAGCCGCUGGGAGCAGUAGUCGAAUUCAGCCGAUCUGCCCGGAUCAGGCCGGCCAGGCUCCUCCCAGAAGGAUUGGAAAUUUUUUUCAGAUUAAGGUUGAUAUUCCUCCAGAAUGCCGUAUCUACCCCAUUGAAUCUGAGGAUGAGGAGGAGGAGAACAGAACAGCCUUCCGGGGUGGAGGAGUGGGAGCCAAGGAGAUCAUCUGCCCCUGGGAGAGCCUCACCUCACAGCAUGAGAUGGACCAAUAGGGUUCCAUUAUCCAGGUAUUAAACGUGGGGUUUGUCACUCUGUGUGGAACAGAUGCAGUGAACAUGAACAGGCUGGUACUCACAGAUAUUUGAUAAAAAGAUUUUACACAGAGCAGUAGUCUGUGGUAUUUUUCAAUGUUUACAGUUUUAAUAUUACUCUAAAGUCCAGGCCACAAACUACAACUGAUGUUAAAAACAAAUAAUACUAACCUAUCUGCCAUUGUUCUGGUUCUGUUUCUUGGCCAAUGGUGACCUGAUGACAUUUGAAGGUUUUCCCCCACAGUUUCUCCUUUUUAAGGUUCUAAAUGGAAUUGAAAUAUUUUUGUUUGUCUAUUUCUUCAUAAAAUCCACAUUUAUUGAGGCUUAAAGGUUGUUAUGCAUGUCCUUGAACGCCACAUUUAUCCCCAUAGAUACACAUGGAAACGAGGUGGCAAUCUGGUUACAAAGAGAAACUGUUGAGUAACUUGUGGUCCACUGGAUUUCAGUGAUUUCUGUUUCUAAUGGCAACUGCGAGGUCUUGUUUUUUUUAACCCCGCCCCCCAGGGAUUGAUAACCUGCUGAUAGUGUAUAUAUGGACACAGCAGCUGUGUUGGAGCCUGUGUUGGAGCCUACAGCCUUACGUUCGUAUACUUUUGCAGACACAGAAGUUGGUUUUGCCUGUGGCAACGUCAGGGUGUUUGUUUAUUCAAGAUCCUCAAACCUUUGGUGUAGCUUUCAGUUUUUAACCUGGUGAUCAGUAGCCCAGCGGCCUUAUACACUUCUCUGUUGUCUUUCCGGUUUUACGAAACAGGCCGAUUUUCUGUUUGUGACUGCCGGAGACAGCGUGUUGUAUGGAUAUUAUUAUCAGACAUGGUUAUUUAGAGUCAAUGUUUACAUCCCAGUUUGUGAUAGACCAAAGCAGACUUUAGAAAUACUCUGUCUCCAUGCACAUGCCUGCUGAAAGUAUCAUGUAUUUAUAUAAAUAUUGAGCAAUGACCAGUUUCUGACAUGGGAAAAUGUUCUUGUGCUGCUGAUUAGACUUAGACGCCUUGUCCCUAAUCGUACUUACCUCUGAAAUACACGUUUCACAUAUUUAAAAAAGACUGAGUAGGUGCAUUAGAGGUGAAUGAGGUCUUACUUGCAGCCUGUCCCCAUAUGCACUCUGCAUGGAUACAUGAUGUAACAGGAAACGAGGUGUGAAAUAGUUUUGUAUUUUGGCUCCUUUAAUAUUUUGUACGGCCUGGUGUAGCUGUUGUUUACUGUGCUCUACCCUGAGCAGGAUGUCAAUAUUUUUCUCUCUCUAACGUCUUUCUCCAUUGGUAUAGUGGAGGUGAAGCGUGGGUCAGUGGUGGCUAUGCUGUAUAAAUAACUGUUAGAAUGUAUCAAACUUGCGAUGUUUACAGAUACAAGAAUGUGAAAAAUACCUAAAAAUGUGAUGUACAUCCCAUGGCUUGUGUCAAGUGCCUCAAUAAAUAACCAUCUUAACCAAAAAGCUUUUUAACCGU